UAUUGAAUUUUCAAUUUCAUGGUAAUGUUUAUAAGAGCUGUAAUUUAUAUGCCUAUAAAGAAAUAAUUACGAACCGUUACUUUACACAUUAUACACUCAUGGGUUUUUACUACGUUUUGCUCACGUUGAUUUGUGCGGUUAAAUCAGAAAAAAGAGACAUAGAGAAAUUUGAAUUCUGUCAAAACCUUAACUGCGAUGAAUGGCCAAAUAUAGAAGUUUGUGGUAUACGCGAAGAAUUUGAUGGUUAUCGAUUAAAAUUGUUUGAAAGUGAAUGUGAGCUAUUGAAAUACGGUUGCAAAGUAGACGAUGAUAAAACUUAUGGUAUUAUCAAUUUAGAUUACUGUAAAAAAGCUUUCAUAGAAGACCAUUAUCAAAAUGCAGAUCUUAAUAACGAAAUUGUAGAAGAGCAGCAUAAAUUGAAAUCAGAUCAAUGCAUUAAACUCAAUUGUACUUUAACGAGUAAUAUCACAAAAAUUUGUGGACUUAAAAAACAUGGCGCUGGUUAUAAAGUUAGGAUAUUUGAAAAUGAUUGUGAAUUUAAGAAGCACAAUUGUAAAACGAAAUCCGAAUUUGUGGAAACAGAUUUGUUUAUUUGCGAUUUUACAUUAUCAAAUGAUUUGGUUAGCUUCAAUGAUGCAAUAAAACCUAACGUAGAACGAAAAGAUAUAUUAAACAACAUUGUUGUUAUAGACGCUAAUAUGCUGGGUUACAAAAAUAAUAUCAAUGACACUAUUGAAACAUUCUUUGCAGCGACUCAUGUUCUUGAUAUGCCAAUGCGCGAAGUAUCGCCCGAUUUGGUUAAUCAGAUUACACGAAGAAGACAAAUCAAAAUCGCCGGGCCUGUUAAAGUAUUUCAACCUUGGACUACAAUUCCAUCUAAUGUUACCGACGAUUAUCUACACAGUCCAACUUUGUCCUCGUGUUUCCAUAAAUGUCCUACAAAAUGUCCAGAUACGUAUGCACCUGUGUGUGGGGUGCCAGGCAUCGUUGCUCGAGAACCUUCUCUGAUGUUCCAGAACCAUUGCUUUAUGGACGUAGCACAAUGUAAGAUGCGCUGGGAGGAUAAAAGUCCUACGGCUAUUAGCUCCUCCUACAUAGAGUCGUCCUUCAUGUUUUGUUUAGGAGAUGAGUUAAAUGCAAUGUAUAGGUUUUUGCCUCUCGUCAGAACGUUACAGCAUAUGGGCCGCUUAAAGAAGAAAGGUCGAUUUAGGUACAAGCUUAGAAAUAUGAGAUUCUUUAACAGUCUUCUAUCUAGAGAUCCUAAGCUUAUGGGAUAA